CAGCUUUGUGUCAAUCGAGGGAUUGAAAAGAGUAUAAACGUCUGGAGAAGUCGAGGAAUUCGUUUGCGUCUAACUAAAGAAACGGACUUUCGACGUCAGUCAUGAACGCGAUCAAGAAACGAUUGCAAACACUGAAGAUUGAAAAGGAUCUGGCGAUGGACAGGGCUGAUAUGUGCGAUCAACAGGCGAAGGAGGCGAAUCGACGAGAAGAAAAGCUGAGGGACGAGGUCCGGGAACUUGCAAAGAAGCUGGUGCAGAUGGAGCGUGAUUUGGAACUGAGCAAAGCUCAAUUGGAAAAGUCGAACAGGGACCUUGAACAGAAAGAAAGAGUGUACAUCGUGACACAGUCAGAAUUGGCGGUUUUGAAUAGAAAGAUGCAGCAAUGCUUGCAAAACUUAGAAAAGUCCGAGGAACGUCGUUUGACGGCGCAGGCAAAGCUGGCACAGGCGAUGGAAACCGCGGAGGAUGCGAAACGUAUCUGUAAAGUUUUGGAAAACAGGAGCAAACAGGACGAAGAGAGAAUGGACCAGCUGAUGGCUCAGCUGAAAGAAGCGAGACUGAUCGCUGAAGACGCUGAUACAAAGUCGGACGAGAUAUCUAGAAAAUUAGCCUUUGUAGAAGACGAAUUGGAGGCUGCUGAAGAGAGGGUGAAAUCUAGCGAAGCGAAGAUCGUGGAACGAGAGGAUGAACUCUUCAUCGUUGGUAAUAUAUUGAAAUCUUUAGAAGUAUCCGAAGAAAAGGCCAAUCAAAGGGUGGAAGAAUUCAAAGCACAAUUGAAGGAAUUGAAGGUGAAAUUGAAAGCUGCCGAAAAGAGGGCCAUCAUCGCAGAAAAGAUGGUUAAAGUCUUUUCCAAAGAAUUGGAUGCAAGAGAAGAUUUUCUGUUCAGGGAGAAAGAAAAAUACAAAUAUAUCUGCGACGACAUGGACUCCACGUUCGCCGAACUAACUGGAUAUUAG